AUGAUUGUGAACCAGAAUGCCACCUUCCCAGGUUUCAUCUCCAGGCGUUUGGGAUUGACCCUGAACGGCGCAGCGGCGGCAUCAGAGAGGGCUGUGGGGGGAAUGUCAGGAGAUGCUGCUGUUUUUCUCACCACCUACCUCUGUGUGUGGGCUACACCCCCCCCUCGUGAGAUCCAGUUGGAACUGGAAAUUUCUGGCCGGCGCUGGCUGCGUGCCCACUCCCACAGGCCCGGCUCCGGCAGCAGCCCUUACGGAGUGUCUGGCUCUGGGAGGAGAAAUGAUUCCAGUUCCAGCUCAAGUGAUGACUCUCCAGCGCGGUCAGUGCAGUCUGCAGCCGUCCCAGCACCCUCAGCUCUUCCUUUAAUCUCACUGGACAAGGAUGAACCACGGAAAAGCUUUGGCAUCAAGGUCCAGAAUCUUCCUGUGCGCUCCACAGAUACGAGCCUAAAGGACGGUUUGUUUCAUGAAUUCAAAAAACACGGAAAAGUGACAUCUGUUCAAAUCCACGGAGCUUCAGAGGAGCGCUAUGGACUUGUCUUUUUCCGUCAACAAGAAGAUCAGGAGAAAGCUCUGGGAGCGUCCAAGGGGAAGCUUUUCUUUGGCAUGCAAAUCGAUGUGACGGCCUGGAACGGUCCAGAAACAGAAAGUGAGAAUGAGUUUAGACCAUUGGAUGAGAGGAUUGACGAGUUCCAUCCGAAGGCCACACGAACUUUAUUCAUUGGAAAUCUGGAGAAGACCACCACCUACCAUGACCUGCUAAACAUCUUUCAGAGAUUUGGAGAGAUUGUGGAUAUUGACAUAAAGAAAGUAAAUGGAGCCCCACAGUACGCCUUUCUACAAUACUGUGACAUUGCCAGUGUCUGUAAGGCCAUAAAGAAGAUGGAUGGCGAGUAUCUGGGCAACAACAGACUGAAGCUUGGCUUUGGAAAAAGUAUGCCAACGACAUGCGUUUGGUUGGAUGGACUGGCGUCAAACACAACCGAACAGUUUCUCACCCGUCAUUUUUGCCGCUACGGACAUGUUGUCAAGGUCGUACUGGACAGGAUGAAGGGAAUGGCCCUCAUUCUCUACAACAACAUUGAGUAUGCACAGGCUGCAGUCAAAGACACAAAGGGAUGGAAGCUCAGUGGCAGUAAAAUUAAGGUGGACUUUGCCAAUCAGGAGAGUCAGAUGGCUUUCUAUCGCUCAAUGCAGGCAUCUGGGCAGGAUAUACGAGACUUUUAUGAUGUCAUCUCUGAGAGAAGGGAUGAUCGGCGAUCCCAAUACGAGUUUCAAACUGAAAGACAAUAUUAUGAGAACAUACGAACUCCCGGAACAUACAGUGAUGAUCUGCGACGAAAAUAUCCUACAAGAAGUCGGGAGUUCUACACUGAAUGGGAUCCUUACCAGGGAGAUUACUAUGACUCGCAGUACUUUGAAGACCCUCGUGAAUAUCGAGAAUACAGAGCGGACCCUUACGAACAGGACAUCCGCAAAUACAGCUAUUUGCAGCGAGAGCGUGAAAGAGAAAGAGAGCGCUUUGAAACCGAUCGUAGCCGAGAUCAUGGAAGAAGGACCAUUGAGCGUAGUCAAAGCCCGUCCCACAUUGCCACUCGCCGUCCUGCCAGCCCCACAGAAUCCACUUCCAUCCCUGAGAGGGUGCCAAGCGAUUCUGACAGACGAAUUUGUUGCCGAUCGUCUGAACAUAGUGGCAGCUGCAGUUCAAUAUCUCCUCCCAGAUUUGAGAAAGCGGAGAAGGCUCGCUCCGAAAAGCAUAGCAAAACGGAGAAACUGGAAAGGGAUCGGAUGUUUGAAACCGAACGAGGAAAUUUUACAGAAAAAGAGAAAAAAAUGGGACGAAAAGAUAGAGGGGACAAAGAAAAAGCUGAAAAACAGAGGCUUAAAAAGCUCAAAGUCACAUCGCCCGUUGCUCUAAAAAGUGAGACAGAAUCCGAACUUGAAAGAGAAGUCAGCCCAGAGUCUGUUCCAAGAAGUAAGACCAGCAAAAGCCCCAAAGAAAGCUCCAGCAGAGGAAGGUUAGACCUUCUGCCUUGUGUUGUGCAGCUAACACGUGUCAAGGAAAAAGAAGGCAAACUGAUUGGUCAUUCUGUCCAAGACAAACAAAUCCAGCGUGGUGGCAUGGACAGUCUCCGGCUGGUUUCACCUACAGCUGAUCAAAGUCCUCCAUUCAGACCCGAGCCGUCAAAACUAGAUACUUCCAAACACGGGAGAAUUCCCAGAGUUAAAACUAUGCACAGCUCUGCAGAGGUUUCGGAAAAGGAGGGUAAGAUUAAGUCAAAAAAAUACAGUAAAUCUGAAAUAGGAUUUGAAAGUAAAAUAUCUGCGGAUAUCAGCCGUUUAGCUGUAAGGAAAAGGCGUUUUGAAGAGACAGGAAGAACUGAUCGACAGAGAAGAAGCGGCGAACAGGAAAAUAGCAGACAUAGGGUUUGUAAGCUGUGGAACAGUGCACAAGGGCUACGCAAAAAGGAACACAGCACAGAUAAAUGCACUCAAAUGGUUUUAGCAAGCAGUCCUGAAGAAGGAGCAGACAGUGAGAGUGACCCCAUCAGGCGUCCUCUGGAGCAGUCUCAGCUCAGGGAACCUCUUGAAGACUGCACAGAGCAGACGGACUGCCCCCUCCUCCACAUGGACGUAGAGAGCUCAAAAAGGGACUCUGGCUCCACCCCCACAAAGACAACUGGUGACUGCUGUUCACAGGAAUCAGUCCAGCAAAAGCAGUUUGGGGCUGAAAAUGGAGACAGGACAACGCGGUGGAGAGACGUAGAUGGAGACAAUCUUUUCCUGAGCAUGGAACAGACAGAUUUCCUCAUGAAACAAAAUGACUGGCACAGAUUCAAGCUUGGCAAUCCUGACAAGUCACUCAAGCUUGAAAAAUCACCAAACAGUGAUUCGUGCCAGUUUGAAAAAAAUUAUAUCACAUUUGAAAUUGGAAAAUCCAUCCAGGAUGCAGCCAGGGAUGACCUGCCAUGUGUUAAAAGAAAGAAACAUCAAGAUUCCUUUGAUAUCCUGAAAGUAAAACCAGAGUCCGAUUUCUCAACUUCAAAUUUGAAUGAUGUGUGCCAAAUGCCGUCUUAUGUUGUAGCUAAUCACCUUUCAGAGAAUGAGGAAGAUGACGCUGCCCAGAUUUCUUUGUCGGUCACAAAGAAGGAAAGAAAAUCCUCCCCAUCAACAGAUGAUGCAUCCACACAGCCAGAACUGCUGAACAAAAGUUUGAGACAUUUUCAGUCUUCUAAUAAUGUGACCCCAAAGCUGAAAACAACUUUGCUGAGGAGUGACGAUGACUUCUUGCGUCACUGGGAAAGACGUGUAAAGUCUGAUUCCCUAAGAAUGGAAGUGACGUCAUCAGGGGACACUUCUAAACGAGAGAGCAUCCACAAAUGCCUUAGCCAGGAUCUGGAACCUGGAGAAGUACAGUCGGAUUCAGAUGAUGAUGAUGAUGGAAAAAACAAAUUCAACUCUCCAAAGUGUAGGAGCUCUUUAUCAUAUAUCCUUAGAGGUGCUAACAAAAGGAGGGCAGACAUUAAGCUUCCAAGCUCCCUGGAGAAAAAUAAAUUUUACUCCUUUGCAUUAGAUAAAACCAUCACUCCUGAUACAAAAGCUCUCCUGGACAGAGCCAAGACUUUGUAUUCCUCAAGGGAGGACAAUUGGUCCUUUCUUCCCUCACGCUUUCCAGCCUCCCACAGCUGUUCGAACAAGGACAAGGCAGAGCUAGCACCUCGGCCCAUUCCUUCAUGGUACAUGAAAAAGAAAAAGAUUAGAGCCGAUUCUGGUGAAAAGCUAAACAAUAAAAAGGAGGAGCUUAAGCCACAAGACCAAGAGCGCCAGGAUUUGUUUGCCUCUCGUUUUCUGCACAGCUCAAUCUUCGAACAGGAUUCCCGGCGUCUACAACGUCUUGAACGUAAAGAUCAAGUUAUGGAAACUGAAAGUCUGAAGCCUUGCUUUAAGACUGGUGACGCAGAGGCACACACUGAAUUUGCAGAAGCUAAUGUCUCACAAGAACCAAUAGUACUUUUCCAUAGUCGGUUUUUGGAACUUCAGCAGCAUAAAGGCAAAGAGAACACUCAUCUUGAUGUGGAGAGUGACUCAGGUGUGGAGGAAAUCAGGAGAUAUGCUGUUCAAAGUAGCGACCUUGACUUGUCUGAUAAGGAAUCUGAGCCACCACUGAAAGCCAAUGAAAAACCAGCUUGCCCCACGGCGCUGUCUGCAGUUUGGCAACAGGCUCAUUCUCCCAAAGACACUUCUGUUCCAGAACUGAAAGACAUUUCAUCUUCAUCCCAAGAUCAGGAAGAACUUUGUGGCAAAGAAGAAAAAAUGCAUCCAAUUCCAGAGAGUUCUUCGUCUAUUCCAAGGGAAGAAAAAAUAUCAGAAGAUAUUAAACUAAACAUUUCUUCUGAAUUUAAAAAUUCAGAGCCAGAAAAUAACUUUGAAGUAAAAGCUGAGUCAGUGGAGCCUAAAAUCAACUUCAGUGAUAAUUUGGUGGUGGAGCCUAACCCUGUUGUCGAAGACAAGUCUCCCACGCCUGGUGCCUCCCUAAGAGCCCCUGAAAAGGAGAAUGCAAAAUUAGAGUCUGAAACUGGAAAACAGGAAGCAAAGCACUUUGAAGAGGCUCCAAAGUCUGAUGUAGAAACUGAUCCUCACAUGCCAGAACUAGAGCCAGAGACCAAACCAUUGCCAAAUCGCAGACAACCUAAAGGGAAAAGGGCAAAACCCCCAUCCGUGUUACCACAAUCAACUCAAGCGGAAAAACCUGUGACACGAAAAAGCGAACGUAUAGACAAGGAAAAACUCAAAAGGACCUCAUAUCCUCAAGCAGAAGCUUGUAAAAUUAAAUCAGAGCCUAAAGCCACAUCUAAGUCCCUGGUACAUGCAUCUGAUUUGGAGCAGAACCUGGAAUCAAGCUUGAUUCAUGGAAGAACACGACGAAGGAACGUGAGGUCAGUUUACGCAACUCUGCAUGAAGAUGAACAAGCCGGCAAAGAACUUUUAGAGUCACCCCGCUCCAUGCGUAAGCGAGCUGUCGAGAAGGAACCCACGUCACCCCGCUCCAUGCGUAAGCGAGCUGUCGAGAAGGAACCCACGCAGCAAGAUGUUCAAGUCUCCACUACCGCCAGGCGGGGACGGCCGCCGAAGAGAGGUGUCAAGCGAAUUGAAGACAGAUCUCCUUCAAAAGGGGAUCCAAAGAAAAUGGUAGAAACUGAUCCAGACAGCAAGGAGAUAUCCAAUACUGCAGAAAUUGUUAAGGCUACUGAGGGAUGGCGUUCACCUCGCACACAAAAAUGGCAACAAACGACACUUCCUCUAACUGCUCCAGUCAACAAAAAAAGUGGAAAACCAGAGAAAUUCUCUGGGAAUAAGUUGUUGUUGGCCGAACAAAUGGACGUGACUUGUAAGGCUGAUGCAGAGCUUCACCUUCAAACGGAUACUGACCUGUUUGGGAACAUUUCAGAUCAAUUGGAAAAUGUAAUCCUGCCAGCAAACAGACAUGAUAAAAAUGUGAAAGACAGUGGUGACACAAAAUUUGCUGAAACCAGUUUAAAAGAAAUGGGAACCUUGGAAACGAAACAGCAAACAGAAAAGAGUGCCAAAAGUAAAACACCAAGGCUGAAGCGGAACACCAAACAGCUUCCUGAAGACCAGCCGCACAGUUUAAAGAAUCUAGAAAUCCGUGUCAGUGUUGAUGAUGUCAAGAGUUUACUUGGUUCUGACAAUUCUGAGCCCAAGACAUUCGAAGUUACUGCAGUUAGUAAAACCAAAACAGUAGUUCAAGAAAACACGAUUGUGCAAAUGACAGACUGUCCAAACGAGUCCAAAGACUCUACUUCACUGGACAGUAAAGAGAAUCUUUUGGAACCUGAACUCCCUGCAGAUCCAACAGCUGUUCUUCUGGCACAACAAAUGGAAUUGGAGCAAGCAGUUGAAAAUAUUGCCAAACUUACAGCUGACCAACCUCCUCGACCUUAUAAGGAACCACCUGCCGAGCCAUCGGCGGAAUUGCUUCCUGUCACUGAGGAGCCACCAGCUGAAGUUGAGGAGCAGAAACGAGCCAACCCUGCAAGUGAAACUGAACUUGCAGCUGCCAUUGAUUCAAUUACAGCUGAGGAAACCUGUGCAGAUGCAGAGGGCUUCAGUGCUCCUCCUCCUUACACCCCUCUCAUUCCAACCCCCGAGUCAUUGAUAUCCUCCUCCUCAUCAUCCAAUGAGAUCAUGGAACCUGAAACACAUAUGGUUAUCAACAGCAUUCUCGCAGGCAGCCUAGAUGACGGUUCUCACACACCAAGCCCAAAAGCCCAAGAACCUAAGGCAGCCGAUCACACAAUUAAACUUGAAACCCCUAGAAAAACUGGCAAAAUUAGAGCCAAAAGCCCAAAGAAGUCAAGAAACUGUAAAGGUACAGCUAGCAAAAAAGAGAAAGCAUCCAAGAAGCAAAACCUGUCUGUAUCGUCUGCACUCAAAUUGCCAGAAUCAAUUCCAGAGGAUCCAGAGGCUGGUAAUUCAAAAGCAGCCAUUGUUAUAGCUGGGGCGCCUACAGCAACUUCCGUGGUCACUGCUGUUGCAACAUGCAGACAUGAGGUUACCAGUGCCAUCGCUGUGGACACGCCUAAAGAAGCUGAGCAGCCUGAGGUUGAACAGCCUGUGCCGAAAGAAUCUGCCUGCCAUUCAGGCCCAAACAGCAUCUCCACUUGUAAAACGUCCGUUCAAGCAGCAGAGCUAUGCCUUCCGUCUCUCACCCCUGCUCACUGUCGGCCAGUUUCCCAGCAUACUGCACCCGCAGGACGACCUGCCAAAAUGCCCCUGUCAUUAGACUGGCCCCAGAGAUCUGAAGAAAGCAGAAUUCAUGUGGCUUCUUCGUGUCACGUCACAGUGGUAACUCCCUCCUCUCCCGCAUCAACCGCACUGGGAAACCCUUCAGCUAACCCUCCUUUGCCCCCUGAUACAAAGGCUUCUGACAUAGACUCUAGCUCUAGCACCCUAAGAAAAAUUCUAAUGGAACCUAAAUAUGUGUCUUCUCCCAACAGCACUUCUGUACCUUCCACUAUAGUCUCAUCUGGGCGGUCAGACCAUAUAAGGAUGUCGGAGAAGGUAAAUAUUUCUGAUUCAGUGGGUUUAAGACCGUUGCAUCUUGAGGAAAGACAGGCACUGCCAUCCCAGCCUGCACACCAUAAACCAUCUCCACUUAAAGAGUCCCAACAGAAUUGUGGAGAAAAGAGGCAGCAACAGAAAUUUUCUCCCACCACUUCAGUAAUUAGUCGAAUUCCAAUACCUUAUGAUACGGAAGAAACUCCUAGAAUUUCGUUAGGCCAUCGAACUAUUAGCCUAACAAGUCCUAAACACAGACUUCAGUCAAACUCCAAUGAAAACAUUGGCUGCCAUGGCAUGGAUGCAGUAGAGGACUGUAACAGUCGUCGCACAGUUGUUGAACCUUCUCCUUAUCGUGCAGGCUCUGGUCCAGGCUUACGGGUCAACACAUCCGAGGGAGUUGUUGUUCUGAGUUAUUCUGGUCAAAAAACAGAAGGACCUCAAAGGCUGAGAGCCAAAAUAAGUCAAAUUCCUCAGGCCAGUGCUGGUGACAUAGAAUUUCAGCAAUCAGUGUCCAAAUCUCAGAUAAAGCAGGACCCACUUAUUACGUUAUCCCAGUUGCCCAAUCAAAAGGUCUCUACUGCAGGUUAUGGGCACACUGGGGUAGUUUUACCAGGAAGUUCUUUUAACUCACAACCUGUCAUCUCCAGUACAAAGCAGGAGAAUCAUGCAUGUGACACAUCUGAAGCUCCAUUUCACGCCUCCUCUCAGGGUGUGGUGAAGAUGUUCCAACCAUCCGUUAGUUCUUCUCAAGUCUUAAUGUACAACCAAGCGGUGUUUCAGCAGCAGCAUGGCAAGAGAGGACUAUUAACAGACCCUCAUGCUAAAAAGUUGGACAUUAGCAAAGUUUCACAGCAGUCCAGUCUGAGUCCAGUCAUGAGCCCACACCAUUCUUCGCUGUCUGGAGCUCGGAUGAGUCCAAGCCCUGGGAUGACAAAUGAGCGAUCAGCUCUAAUUCUGAAGCAAGAACCACAGUCUCCAAGAACAUCUGGCCACUCCCCUUCACCUUUUGUCAAAGCUUGUCCACAAAGCAGCUCUCCCAUUGGGACUUCCGUCGUUCUUGGUCAUGGUAUUCCACCAAUGUCAUCAUAUCAUUCCAGUGUCCAUCACUCACAUGCAGAGCAAUCGUCUGUCAUAAUUCAGCCUCACAACGUCUCUCAGUCAACUGCUCAUGAGGUCAGAAUGAACAAUCCAACUCUGUCUGGAAUAAACUACGGAAGGCGUGGAGACUCCAUGUCCUCCCCACAUGCAGGGCCUCCACAAAGCUCAAGCACGUCCCAUUCUAAUGUCAUACGCGAUGUGGUGUUGCAGACCCAUCCAAGUCCCCAAGGAUCAGUGUCGGGUGUUGGCAGCAACAGUGUGAAAGAAGAAGAAUCUCUACACUUAAAUCAAGCUCUGAGUAGACCUUCAGCUCCCCAGAUCCAGUCAGACGUCAUGAUGAUUCCUAGUGACCCCAGAAGACUCCAUGCUGUCCUUCACAUGGAUCAGUACAGAGACAUGCACCAGCGCAUGCUCAUGCACCAAAAGCGGGGAGAGCAGGCAGCUGUGGAAACCAGGCAGUCACGCAACUCAGACACUGAAACAAAAUCUUCCAGCAAUAUCUCUGGGCCUUCGACCAGUCCUAUGUUAGGGAAAAGCGUUGAGCUUUCAACUAAAGGGCCUCUCAGACCAGCAGAGGGAAGGCUAACCCAUCAGAGUCCAAAUGACAGUAGGAUUCGCGGAGUCUGUGUGUCCAGCCCCGUUAUGGUGUCUCCUCACCCUCAUGGGGUGCAGCGAAUCCAUUCCGGCUCAGCCUCCUUUCAAUUAUAUCGAGAUGUGCGAAAAUACCCCUCCCAGUUUCCAGGACACAGCCUUGCUAACCAAUGCAUUACAUCCUCACAGGUGCCUCCAGAGCCAGAGCCAGGGAGCAGAGGUCAAACUUCGCAGUUGCUUGUGGGAGGAAGCGAUACCAAGCUGGUGAACGCUCAUCUUUGCCAUGCUAGCUCUUCAGAGCCGUCCCAACUCUCCCAAAUGACGGUGGAUAAGGUCUCCCCUUCAUACCAUUCUCCUCUGAUACCCCCCAUGAGUCUUACUCAUAAGCCAGAGCUGUCUGUGCAGAAGGGCCCCCCAUCCGUCCUCCUUGGUCCUCCGUCAACAGCAUUGCCGUCAGGUUUCAAACAGCUGCGGCAUGAUGCAAACGUGGAACAUUCAGGACAACGGUCUACUGAUAUGGUGCAGCUAUUGACGAAAUAUCCUAUCGUAUGGCAAGGCCUGUUGGCACUGAAGAAUGACCAGGCUGCUGUCCAGCUGCACUUUGUUUCUGGUAACACGUUGCUGGCACAGCGCUCCCUGCCGCCCUUGGAGGGGGGUUCUCUUCUCCGCAUCGUCCAGAGGAUGAGGCUUGAGGUUUCCCAGUUGGACAGCGUAACACGUAGAAUGACUGUGGAAAAUGACUUCUGCUUGCUGCUGGCUCUGCCUUGUGGUCGAGAUCAAGAAGAUGUCCUCAGUCAAACGCAGGCCUUGAAAAGUGGCUUCAUCACCUACCUUCAGGCCAAACAGGCAGCUGGCAUUAUCAACGUACCUAAUCCUGGCUCCAAUCAGCCAGCCUACGUGGUGCAGAUUUUCCCGCCCUGUGAAUUUUCGGAGAGCCACCUUUCCCGUCUGGCCCCUGACCUUCUCAACAGCAUCUCCAGCAUUUCCCCCCACCUCAUGAUCGUUAUUGCCUCUGUCUGAUUACGCCAACACCAGCCCUCAGCCAGAACUCAGCCAGUUAAGAAACUGGAACUGCCUCAUGUUUUUCUGAGUUUGACUUUUACUAAAGUAAUUUCUUGUGCUUCUUCAUGUCACCGAGUCCUUAAAUUCCCCAGUGACGACGAAUUCCAGGAAUCUUUUGAAGACGCACUGAGUGGAGGAUGAAAUGAGGAUUAUUGAUAAGUUUUGAGUUUAUUUUUGCCAGUUUUGGAGCAGUUGGACAAGUCAUGGCAUUAUUUGGGCUGCAGAUGGAGCUCUGUUGGAAUAUUUCUUACCAUCAGAUUGUAAUAUUUUUAAGUUGAUGUGAAAAUUCAUUGCACUCUAUGAGAGAACUAUUGUAAACUCUGUACAGGUUUGAGUAGAAGUUGAUGUGUGUACGCUGGGAUCCAUUAUUCCAGCAGAAAGGACGUCUUCGCCUGGCACUCUCGUUGCUUUCUCCUCCGUCAUCAGCAAACCUCAGCCUGGUUUCCGACUCUGGUCCUUUCCCCAGGGACGCGUGAUGGGAUCUUUAAAGCUGUACAGUUUACACUCAAUGCCUCAACAGGGGACUAUAGAAAGAUAUUUAAUUUGUGGAUUUUUUUUGCAUCUUUUUGAAAGCUAUUGCAGACAAUGGUCAAACUGUAAGUAUUGUAAAUAGUUAAAGACUCAAACUACAUGGAGAGACCAAGAGAAUUAUUUUAACAGACACAUCAUAAAGUCUUGUUUUUGUGUUUUAAGUUUCUGACCCUCCUGUUCUCCUUUCAUAUUUAUUUUCCACAAUUGAUCUUUGGAUGUUUGCAAAAAUUCAAAACAGAAACAAGGAUUUUGUGCCAAAAUGCUUUUUUUUUUGCAACAUGAACUAACGUGUUAAACAGAACCAAUUUUCUUAUAUGACUUUGUAUUUUGCCAUCCAGAGGGCAGUUCGUUCUUCAUCAUCACCGUCCUCUUCACUUGUUUAUACACAAUGAACAUGUUUUGGUUUGAAAGGACCUUUUUGUACUGACAGUUGUGCAUUUUCUGUCCUUUGUUCUGCCUCCCCGGCGGUCCUGCACUGCCCCCUGCUGUCUGAAAAUCAUUCCACAUUGAAGUCAUUUCUGCCACUGAGUGUGGGAGGUGCCGACAUGCUUUAGGUUGAACCUGAAGAGGCAAGAUGGGAUCAUAAAGGCCAUGAAUGUGAGUCAAACGACGCUAAUGGAUGUUUUGAUGCCCCCCCCCCCCUCCCCGUUCUAUUCUUGUUGAGUGUUUUUGGAGGAAAACCGAUGCUGAAAGUAAAACCAUGUUUGUCAUGAAUCCUUUAUGACUGGAGGGGGUCACUCCCAUGGUUUAUGUUGAAGGCACUUAUCAGUUUUUAUACAUACAAAAUCUUUAAAUGGUGAUUAAUAUAAAAAAUGUCUUUUGAUCAAUUUUUACUUUGAGUUUAUUUUGCUGUUCCUCUAUGAGGACAUUUUAAAGUGUAACAUAAAUGGUUGUUUAACUUCUGAAGAUCAUUAAAUGGUCCAUAACUCUGUG